AUUUUGGGGUCUCUCACAGAAUCUUCAAUCUUUGAUUUGAUUUACUUCAGGGCCGUUGGUUUUGUUUGGCUGCCAGAGAAAACCGAAAAAACAGAGUGUGCCUCCGAAACCGGAGGUGAGAGAGACUCCGAAAAUUUAUGAGAGAAUUACAAACAGUCAAACACAUCAUCCAUCUAAUCUCCAUUUUCAGCUCUGGAUCAUGUUCUUAUUUUUAUUAUUUUAGCAAAUUUUUUCCUCUGAAAGAAAAACAAAACAAAAAAAAUCUCUGUUUCUCCCUGAAAGGUGAGCUCUCUCGCUCUGAAUUUUCCUUCCGAAGCUCCAUGGCCUUCCUUCAUCGGGUUUGCUGCUGAUGUCCUCUUUCCUCCUCAAUCCUCAGUGGAAGAAGAUCUGAUGAGACCUUGCUUGGGAUUGUUUUGAAGAUUGUGAUAAAUCUAACAAUGGAUGAGCAUCAUGGUAGCAGCAAGUUGACUGGAAUUAGGCAGAUUGUUAAGUUCAAAGAAAUCCUGCAGAAAUGGCAAUCUGUCACGUUAGGCUCGAAAGGGAAUAAUAGCCCCAGAAAAGGGGGCAGUCCCCAUUCUCGUUCGGAUCGAUUGGUAGUGAGGUGCAGCCCUCAAUCCCAUUCUGGUCGAAGGGUGACAAUGGGCAGUCCUAGUCAUAGUACCCUUUCGGCGGAAAACAGUCCCUUAUCUAGUCGAGGAACCCUUUCACCAGCAAUUAGUAGGAGGCUCACAAGUGUUAUUGCUUGUGAUUCGGAUGAGGAAUCAUGCGCAAGCCCCGAGCCGCCAUCUGAUGUCCCCGAAGGGUAUUUGGCGGUUUAUGUUGGACCAGAGCUUCGGAGGUUCAUCAUUCCCACAAGCUACCUUAGUCACAACCUUUUCAAAGUGUUGUUGGAGAAGGCUGAAGAGGAGUUUGGAUUUGAUCAUAGCGGGGGGCUCACUAUUCCUUGCGAGACGGAGACCUUCAAGUACCUCUUGAAGUGCAUGGAGAACCAUCAGAAAGCUCACCCUGAUGACACCCCAGCUGGAGCAUGGAAAUUGAGUGAGGAAGCAGAAGAGUAA